AUGGGUAAGCUAGACCAUGGUAAGAAACAUUUCCACUUGUGUUCUGAAUUCAGCCUGCCAGUGAAGCUUGCAUUUUUGUGUGUGUGUUUGGCCUUAUACGAACUCUGAAAGGGGGUCAGUUAGUGCAGUGUAGUGGCUGAGAGACUGAACUGUGAGCCAUGAGGUUCACUAGCUCAGAUCUUUCCUUUGCCAUGAACUUACUAGGUAGUCUUUUGCAAAUUACAUAAGCACACAAGAAUAGCCAUGUUGGGUCAGACCAGUUGCCUAUCUGGCAUGCUGUUACCCACAGUGGCCAACCAAAUGCCUGUUGAAGCCCAGAAUCAGGACAGAUGAAACAACAGUCUCUCCACUUGUGCUCUCCAGUAGUUGGGACUGAGAGGCAUGCUAUCUGUGGUAUAGGGACAAUAUAACAGUGUGGUUUGACAAAUUUACUGAGGCAAUUGUAUGUAAAAUGUUUGGAGUACUCUGAAGUGUUAAAUAAAUGCUAGGGAUUACACACACCCUGUAUAUGCAAUAGGAAUAGUACGCCAAGAAGUCAAAAAGAAACUGCUUUUCUGGGAUAUUUUCCAGUAAAUCAGGAAGUUACUGUAUAUUAAGCGGCACUAUGAUCUUUACACCCUUUUAGAGUAGUCCUGUAAUUGCAGUGAGGCUACUCUGGAAGAAGUAAGGGCCAAGCUGCACAUGACGCUAAAUGUGCCACUUGUAACAUGAAUGUUUUUACAAUACUAAACAACUAUGGAGUAGGGGUGAUCAGGAUUGGCACUGUGGUGUGCUGGAAGGGGGUUGAACAGUUUCCUCUGGCACAGUCCCGAUGAGUGUUGCUCCUGUCUGCUUAGUAUUGAUCCUGGAAGUGAAGCUUUCAUUGAUGCUAAUGGAAACUUUUUUACUGGAGCAAAUAGUAGUGGGGUGGGGAGACUUUCACUGGACUGCAGUAGUGGUGGAAAUGCUCCCUCCAGCACAUCCUCAUCAGCCCCCGCCCCUCCACCGUACCUCUUAGUCACUGUUUUAAAAACAUGCAGAAAACUGUAAAUGAUGUGCUUAGCGUCCUAUGUAACUUGGUCCUAAGUUGAAGAUUGUCAUCAAAACAUCUAACCUGCUGCCUAUGCUUUUUUCAGCCAUUGCUUAGAAGCGCAGGAAGGUCGCAUCUGCAUGUCAGUCAUCACCCUCCACAAGGCACUAGACAUUUUUCAGGAAUACACAAGCAGUGGCACUCUUGACUGGAAGCUACACCAGCUUCCAUCCAUGGUGGCCAUCUGCCAUCUUAACUUAUCCGAAAUGCAAUUCCUCUGCCUAUAGAUCAAUGGAAUCUUUUGGUGUCCCAUGUGGAUUACAGAUCUGUGAAAUUAUAAUGCCAUAAACCUAUGUGCCAGGGCGUUGCAUUUUGCAUGACUUAAAAUGAUGGACAGUCACCAUGGAUGGGAGCCAAGUUUGGCUCCUGUUCAAAGGCAGCACUACUACUCACUGCUGAAAAGCAUCGGGGAGAGGGCCAUGAAUGGUGAUGCAAAUGGCUUGGACCAGUGAGGAGCCACUGGGACCUGUUCUGGCCAAUUGCUGGUGCCAGGCAUGCAGUGACUGGAAUUGGCUUCUCACUGCAUAUCUGGUUUUCAGGUGUUCAAAAGGUUAGAUUACCUGUAAACUGCAAGGUUUGGAAUAAGUGAAUACUGAAAAGUGCAGGCGAUUGGUAUUGGCAGCCCCAUGUCUAACCAAGUCUAAAAUUAAGAGACUGCAGUGUUCACUAUGAAACAAACUUGAACCCUCACACUGAUGAUGGGCUGCUUCAGAUGUAAUGUUUAGACGUAGUUUAGUGUUCCUUGAACAAGCCUAGGUGAGUUUCAAGCCUUUGUGGUCCCCUCCCCCCUCUGACACAACUGUGAAGAGGAGUUUGGAAGCUUUCAUUUCCAUUUGAGAUAAACUGCAGGCUGGCUUGCCAUGUCACCUAAACCUGAAAAACUGGUUAAUAUUAACUAUGGUUUGCUGGAACAAGCCAAAUUCAAACCAUCCAUUUCAGAUACUGUGGUAUGAACUUCUUGCAAUGACAGGGAGUUGGGCUAGGUUACCUUUGAUGCCCCUUUCAAUUAUGAUUGAAAUUAACAUCAGUUUAGAUGUUCAGAUGUAAUGCUAGCUGGUUAACCUACAAUGGAAGUAAAAAAACUGCUGUCCUUGCAGCAUACAAUAGCUUAUCCUCACAGUUUUGUGUUAAAUGUGCAAAUUCUCCCAGUGGGAUGUACAGAUCACUUAAAGCAAGGAUGGGUGACCCUCCAGUUGGAGGGUCUUCAGCAUGACCAAAUGGUCUGGGAUGAUGGGAGUUGGAGUGCAGCAGCAUCUGGCAGGCCACCAGUUACCCAUGUCUGUCUGACUUAGAUGAGGGAAGGGGCGGGGGGCCGCAGAAGCUAUUAAGUCCACCCUGUGCAAUAUGCUUCAGCAUGGUGGGUUGUUUCUUCUUUUGAGUGCUGAGGUAGCUUGGGAGGGGGGAGAAACAAAUGCUCCUUUUUAAUGAUACUUUUUGUGGUCUAAUUUUGUGUUGUAUAUCAUUGAACCAGUGAUUAUCAAAAGCUUGAAGCACAGACGUGCUCUUAAGUUAGUAUACUGCCAAGUGCGUAUAUACCUUUUAAAAUGGUUUAGCUCAAUAUUGCAGGCAUGUUUAUCUUCCCAUUUUUACCAUGGAAACUGAAGGCACUUCCUGAAAAUUCCACCAAUCAGAAUCUAGAAGGGAGAAAAAUCCCUUGUUUGCUAUAGCCUCUUACUGCUUUGAUAUUUUAAAACGUAUUGGAGCUUAAUUUUCCAGCUUAGCUGGAAAUGUAGAACAUUCAACACACUUGGGAAAAUACCUAUGCAGCCUAUUGAUUAGGUGAUAAGGUGAUGACAUUAAUAAAGGUGGUGGAUUCUCCUUCAUUGGAGGUUUUUAAGCAGAGGUUGCAUGGUCAUCUGUCAUGGAGGUUUUAGUUGAGAUACUUGCAUUGUAGGGGAUUGGACUAUGUGAUCCUUGAAGUCCAGUUCUACGAUAAAGCAGAAUUUGUGUGCAAUAUGCUUGUAACUUGUUUUAUAAAAUUACUGCUGAACUGUACAGAAUAGUUGUUACCAUUUCUGCACAACGUAAGAGGCUUUGUUGCCUUUUAACAGUUGUAUGAUGGUAGAAAUUCAACAGAGGAACAAUGCUUCUUUCCCUAGUUUGGAGAUCAAGUGGUGGGGGAGAGCUGACUUGUUUAAUCUCCAUCCAUAGCUGUUUAAAUACUGUACAGAGAAGCUGCAGGGUUGGGUGGGGAGAGGUGGUAAGCCUAGGAAAGAAUGAAGUUAAAAUGUGAAAAGGGACUUUGUACACUAUUGGAAGGCAAGCAUGUAAAUAAACAAUGCUUCUAGCAACAUAUCACUGGUGUUUAUUUUAAGGAAUUUAUAUACUGUUUUUCAUCCAAACUUCACAAAACAUUUUUACAUAAAAGCAUGAAAGCAAAAAGCAUCUACUAAAACUAUACAAUAGAACAGCAAAGCGAUGCUGUUAUGGAGAACUUUUUUGAAAGCUAGAUCUCUCCUCCUUUCAGGGCAGUGUGGUUCCUGAGAAGCCCAGCAGUGGCAAUUUGAGGAGAGGGAGCCCACCUUGCUUGGAACAUUGGGAGGGUAGAUGGCGUCAUUAUUUAAGUAAACAGUUUUACCAGAAAUGGGUGCUACUCUGGACUUCUUAUUUAUUUAGAUUUUAUUUCUAUAUAUAUUGAGGAACCAGGGAAUGUGACUACAAUUGAUGAAAAUGUCAAAACAUUAGUUUUAUAAUAUAUGGAUUACCUGCUUAACCUCUCCUCCUAAAUGGCAACCCAGCCCAAAAGUCUGAACAUUUUUGUGGCAGAUGGACAGGAGGAUUUAACAGCCUCCUGAGGGAAAAGAAUUCCAGAGUCCUGGAGCAGCUACCCAGAGAUGCCACCUGGUAUUCCUGGUGACUUGGCUGAUAUUUGAUUGCUACACAGAUGUGUUCAGCUUAUAUAUCAGUGGUAUUGUAGCACAAUCCUGCACAUGUUGCACAGACCUAAGGAGCCAAUGGAAUGUAUACCUCUGUUAGUAUAAAUGGGAUUGCUGCUUGAAUCUUGUCCUGAGCAAAAGAGUUUAUAUAGUUCCUGCAUUCCUUUUUCCAAGCAAUAGAUUUAUGCUGCUGCUGCUAUUGUGCUGAUGCAUUAGCACAGUCCUUCAUUGGUACGUGAAGACUACCAAGGGAGAUUAAGUUCUUCUUUGGUGCCGCUUCUGCCUCCUUCACAUGUACAGUGGUACCUCGGGUUACAUACGCUUCAGGAUACAUACGCUUCAGGUUACAGACUCCGCUAACCCAGAAAUAGUACCUCAGGUUAAGAACUUUGCUUCAGGAUGAGAACAGAAAUUGUGCUCCGGCGGCAGCGGGAGGCCCCAUUAGCUAAAGUGGUGCUUCAGGUUAAGAACAGUUUCAGGUUAAGAACAGACCUCCAGAAUGAAUUAAGUUCUUAACCCGAGGUACCACUGUACUUAGAAUAGAGUAGGAGGCGAGAAUAUGCCCAGUAUCCUAUGCACAUCAAAAGGCUAUGAUCCCAACUGCCUGUGGUGAUUGUGCUUGGAGUUGCUGCAUCUACCUUGCUUCUGCAACUUCUAUAAGGUCUAUCCAUCUGGAACCUUAUAUCAUGCUGCAAGUCAUACAUUUGUCUCCCCGCCACCUUCCUUUUUCCUUCUUGCUGUGGGCAUGAAUGUGAACUGCUAGCUGAACCAUUUGUAUGUGUUUGUGAAGGUGUGGCAGAGUCACUUAUCAGUUUCUUAGCAAUAUGUGAUCUGUAGCUAAGAUGUGCAAACUGGCCAUGACUUGGUGGCUUCCGGUAUCCAAAUUUUCAGGUGGCUUCAGGUAUCCAAAAAGUGUGGUGUGACAGACCUGCAUUUCAGAUGGAGGUAGUGCACAUUUUGGUUAUUCUUAGAUUUUUCCUGUCUGCAGCUAGAUAUCUUUUUGUAAGUAGUGCUGCUUUGACAAUAAGGGUUGCUCCUGAUUGUUGUUUGCCAUGUAUGCAUGACAGAUCAUGCAGAAUGAAACAUUCAGAAUUCACUAGGCAAGCUAGCAGCACACCUGCUACGGCAAGAAAUCUGGGUUCUGAAGCUUAAGCCUAUGGCCUUUUAUGAUGACCGUAUGCAUAGCAGAGAUUUCACUUUGUAUAUGGCUUCUUCUCUUCACUACUAGCUUGUGGAGGUUUUUCUUUUUGUAGCUUCAGGCAAAGUUUACAUCUCAGUUUACAGUGAUGAAGGGGAGGGGAAAUUUCUGUGUUGUGCAGUUUAUGUAACCACUUCCCUUUCUUCAUAUUCCAGGUGAAAGUUGAUUUUAAGUUUUACUUGUUUUCAGUAGAAGUCAAUUUGUUUAUAUGUCAAUUUUAAAAAGUAUAGUAUUUGUGAAAAGGAGACAAAACUGCAUGUUAAACAGUCUGUUUGAACAGUAAACUCAGAUAUAGGCCAUUGCAGUACAAAAAUAUGUACACAGUGGUUACAAAUGCGCAAAGCAUUUUUAUGGAUUUUAUUCACUUUUUUUUGGUAUUAGUUACAUUGCCCUGAAAUAAAAAAAGAGUGACAGGUGGAAUAAAAAAUGGGUUAAAACAAAUAGUAAAAUGCCCUCUAAGGCCCUUUUAGCUUUAUUUAUUUAUUUAUUUAUUUAUUUUGAGAUGAUUGCAAGUUUCACAAGCUCACCAGAAGAGAAUGCUUGGUUUGGACAGAAUAUGCAGUCUUCAGAGAUCUUUAGAUUGCUGUGAGAUAUUGUUGUUUAUCCUAAAUUAUACUCCCAUAUAUAGCAUUUCCUUUGUGUUUGAGAAAGGAAAAAAAUCUUGCUCUUUAAUUCUUUUAGAGAUUCAUGAAAUGGACACCAUUCCAAACAUAAUCUCAUCUUCCUAGAAGUUGACUUAAAACUAAGUCAACUAAAGAUUCUUUCGAGCACAGCUUAGUACAGUUUGAGAGCUGCUAUUCUGUGAACAGAAGGGCUCAUUUCAUUUCUGAAAUUCAUUCUAUUCCAGCAGGCUUCCCAAAGGAUGAAGUGGUGAUGGCAGGUGAUUGUCAGCUAUAUCCACUUGCCCUCAGUGGUCUCCCACACUGGUCUGGAUGGUACCCCAGAUGGCUACAAUUUUUUUGGGAGGGGGCUACAAGAGGAAGGAGAAAUUGUUGAGAGUCAUCUCUCCUGUUCUGCCUAUAGAAGAGUCCAAUUAGUGGUGUUCUGCUCUUGGCAACUCUGGAUUCAACCCAUUAUAUAGUUGAAGUUCUCUGGAACCAUAGCAGCUAAGGCCUUGAUUGUGUAGAUCAGGCAUUCCCAAACUCAGCCCUCCAGAUGUUUUGGGACUACAACUCACAUCAUCCCUAGCUAACAGGACCAGUAGUCAGGGAUGAUGGGAAUUGUAGUACCAAAACAUCUGGAGGGCCGAUUUUGGGGAUGCCUGGUGUAGCUACUACAUUUUAGGGUAUAAGUUCUGUGUCAUAACUGAGUGGAUUCUGAGAUUAAUACCUUUUAGGGAGGGCAGAAGUAUGAAUGACUCAUGCAUCCUCUUUUUGGAGUUCUGGUGUAACAUUUGAAGAAGGAAGGUGCACAUCUGGUGCCCGCAUCUCACCAGGGGAAGAGGUGUUUGUUUUGUUUGUUUGUUUGUUUUUUGUUUGUUUUCUUAUAACAUACUUGAUAACAUACUUCAGGCUUCUAAUAUCUGAAUUACAUUUGGGUGGUAUCUUCAGAAAUGUGAUUUAUUUAGAUUAGAAUCCAUGAAAAUCCAUGAAAAUUAGAUUAGAAUCCAUGAAAAGGUAACUCAAACCCAACAUACAACUUUCACUAUGAUACUGCUCUUGUUGUAUCUUAAAUUCUAUUUUACUUGUCCUUGAUGUGAUGAUCCUUUUGUUUAGACUGUACCACCACAUCAGAUUGCCAAUGUGCAUGCUUCUUCAUACCAGUUAUAGACUUGGUUUCAUUGUUCUCAGUGCCUGUUUUUUUUUCUCUGGAGCAAUUUCUUCUUUGUGUGGAGGCAUAGUUAUGUGAGCUACUCUCUACCUUCAACCUUAAGUCAAACAGGCUAGACACAGCUGUAUCACUUUAGUGAGAAGAAAGGUCUAAAUGACUGCAGCAGCAUGGACAGCCCUUUAGGUAGUGUUUUUAUUAUUAUAACAAACAAAUAAAAUUUAAUCCUGCUUUUGUCCUGGAUUGUGAUUCAGGGUGGCUUACAAAUAAAAAUACAAAACACAGAUAAAAUAGAAAAGCGAUAAACAGAAAAUACAAUCAUUUUAAAGCAUUUAGUCACUAAUAAUAUUCAAACCAUAUAAAAACAAACCUUAUAAAAAUAAGAAUAACGACAACAAUAUGAACAUCACAGCACCAGACCUUUCUUUAAAAACAGUCAUUCCCUAAAGGUCUGUUGGAAUAAAAAGGUCUUCAUAUGCCGGUGGAAAGACAACAAGGAGGGAACCAGUCUUAACAUCUCUAGGAAGAGAUUUCCGAAGUCUGGGAGCAGCUACUAAGAAGGCUCUUCAAAAAAAUCUAAUGAUGGGCAUUCAUAUUGUUUAAGCAAGCUGUUUGAUUUCUUUUUGGCUGCAUCAUGUACAUGCAGGUGUUCUUACAUAUGAUUUUUUUCUACUGGGUGUUUAUUUUUAUAUAAAAAUUAAUUUAAAUAAAUAGUGGGUGAAUCGACAGUGUCGUAAUUUGCUUGCAUGAGUUACACAUUCUGUUACUCCUUUGAAAUCUUGGGUGCUAGUCAACUAAUUUUACUCUAGAGUAGGCCUAUUGAAAUGAAUGAGCAUUACUAAAUUAGGCUCAUUAAUUUCAGCCUGAGUAAAACAUAGUUGAAUACCACCCCUAUUUUCUUCAGAUUUAAACUUGUAGCAUGAUAUUGUCCAAAGGUGCUUUAGUCUUUCCUCCCCUUUACAGUAUAUUUUAAAACUCUUCUUAAAGGUAAAGGCCUUUAAGAGGCUAAGGAAGUGCUCUUGCUCCUGCUGUGUGCUUUCAAGAUGGGGCUGGAAAUAACCCUUGCCAUGGGGGCAGCAAUUGGAUUGCAGCCAGCAUUAGUCAUGCUCUGAGUAGACCCUUUGAAAUUAAUAGUCAUUACUAACUUCAGUGCACUAUUUUCAGCGGGUCUACACUGAGCAUGACUGACUUUGAAAAAACACCCCAUAAUUAAUAUCUUUUGUACUGGAAACAACACUGCAUGAGCAUUGUAGCUUUUACCAUUAAGUUUAUUUUAAAGGUUAAAGCUUCUUUGAGCUACCUUGCAUUAUUGUAAGCUUACUAGGACACCCACCCCAUCCAUCCCAUACAUGCAGACUUUGCAGGUGCAGAAAACAAUAUAACUCAUAAUCUUGCUUGGAAUUACUUUAAUAUUUUGUAUGUUUGAUCAAAGUCAGGUCUUUGCUAUAUAGGAGGUUUGAACAUAGUAGAUUUGAGAUAUGAACUGACUAAUUGUGAGUUUCGGCAGCAUCUCUAAUAAAUGUGUAUUUAUCACUGUUCCAAUAAAGGAACUUCAACUGAUUUUAAUGGAAUGCAGCUUGCAUCAAAUAUAGUUGUUGCAGUGUUUUCCUUUCCCACUCCUGGGAUGCUGCUGCUACACUUCCUGGAGUUCACUAGAGGUCCUUCUGACUCCAGUCCAACAUGUGCUGGCAGCUGGAAACAGCCAACGGUUUUGCUUGCUCCACAGGCAGCUAAAUGACCUCUCAGCCAACUCUCCUGCUAUUUCUUGUUCAUUCUGCGCUAUUCUGUGGAGAAAAUCAGGGAGGAGAUGGUGUGAGGCGGAAAGUGGGUUACUCCCUGCAAGUGGUUUGCUCAGCUUGCCUUAAUAUUCAUCCAUAUUUAGCCUGCAAAGAAAAAAAAAUGCAAUGCUUUUCUUACCUAUUUUAAGACUUCCAUAUUCUAAAGAAAAUUGAAUGGUUUCUUAGUUGUGAAUUUGGGAUGGGAUUGAUAUGCUUAGUGAUGUGUUAUUUGAAAUAUAUGUCUCUAUAGCUCUGGAAACAAAUAAUAAUAGGUUGUGUCUGGGACUUGGUCUGUAAUCGAAUGUUGUGAAACUAGGAAUCUUGCUGCAAUUCUGGGUGCAUACGGCUUAGAAUAAUGAAGCACUUAGUUGAACUGGCUUUGUUGCUAGUGAUAUCUAACAUUCUAAGUUCUGGCCUUGAUGUGAGAACUUGCUUGUGUUAAGUUGUGUGGGAGAAUCUAUAAAAAAGAUGUGGGCAUUUAUGAAGGCUUGAAUAGAUUUUAACAAAUCAGUGACGACUGGCAUUUAAACAAGUUUUCAAUUUGACACAUAGACUAAGAAAAGAACCCUAAAGAAACGGGAGAAGAGAAAAUAGUUUUCCCCCAAACAAUAUUGCUGAAGUGGUGGUGAUUUUGAGCCGCCUUACACUAUCAUCAUUGUGCUUUAAGGUUGGUUUCAAGUAGCGUUUGCAGAGAAAAAGUCCUUUAGAACUUAACAAGAAGUGUGAGUUGUUAGUUCCCGCAGCAGUUCGUGGCUGCUUCCAGAAGCCUCGGGAUGUUGUUAAAAGUGUGACUCUAUGAAGAGAAGUAAGUAAUUUAAGGUAGCUGGAUAUAUGCUGCAAAAUCUUUUUUUGACAUUUUUUUUAAAAUGCGGGUAGGGCUAACUUGGAUUCAUUAUGUAUCUGCAAAGAUAUGUAUCUGCAAAGAUUGAGGAAAACUUUCUCAACUUUUUCUGAAGAAAUGUAUAUUCACAUCUUUGAUACAUCUGUGCUGGAAUAGGGCAGUAAACAUCUGUUUGUUGAUAAAAAAAUACAUAUUUGACAGAAUUCUGUUUACAUUGCAUAGUACAGCUUUGUAUGGUAUAUGAGGUUUUUUGGUAUAGACUAGUUUCAUAUUGAUACUGUGCUGUCAACCUCAACUGCACAGAAACUAUGAGUCAGGCAUGGUACGAAGAUUUGUAUAUUUAGUUUCUGUGUUGCUAAAGGCACUCUAGUCUUUUACGGAUGUUCUCAGCAAUUUCAUGAUUUAAACACUUUUUGAUUAAGUGAAAGUUGAGAUUCUCUGUUUCCAAGCAGGGACUUUAAACCAAAUAUUGCAGCUAUUGUGAUGCAAUAUUUCAAUAUUAUACAAACAAUCAGAAUAUGAGGAAUAUUUACUUUUCCUGUUUUGUGAGUAGCUAUUUGAGAUAAAUCUAGAACACUGAUGGAAAUAAUUCUGUUGAUAAAGGAAGUAAGCAAUUCAUUCUAGAAGCAUAAAGAGCUCAGAUGCGUUACUUAAGAUUUAUGGCUUAUGGCAUGUUUUAUGUGCUGUCUUCAAUGUGACUACAUGAAUUGUCAUAUUCACAUGAACAACGUCAAAGUCUUCCUGACGUCUUUUAUUUCUCUUUCAAGAAGCCAACACUCCACUGCCUAUUUUACUUUUUUCUGUGUUUUAAUGUGAAUGCCAACUGUGUAUAUAUUUUAACACCCCCCAAAAACCCCCCCGCAUCUUUUGGUCUACACUCUGAGCUGCAUAGAACUUCUCUUCUUUAAUACAAAGAGCACAAAUGAGUUGUCUACCACUUCCCUAUUGGAGACUCUCAUGUUAUGUCAGUAGUGCCUGAUGGGUGUAGAACAUCUGCACUUCCUUUUAGAUGCUCAAUUUUAUUCAGGAAUGAACCCAUAUUGGGGGUGCAAGGUCCUGUAAGCCUGUUUAGAUGCAUACUGCUCUCCCUAUUCAGUAUCAGUCUGUACUGUGCACUACUGCCAAAUCUAUGAACUUGGAAAUCCUAAGCUAGCUAGCUAUCAUCAUUGAAAAAACAUUUGUCCCUUUUGAACCUCUUGCAUCCCUGUUAUAAACCAUUUUGAUGAUGUGUGCAGCUGCUGUGUGAGAGUUAACAUCAUUGCAUCACCAGUGUAAUGGCUCUGAUGAUGCCCUGUCUUGUUCAUUUGUGCUGGCAGUUUCAGAAUUGAACAGUUACACCUGAGUCAUUUUGCUGCCAAGCAAUGAGUGCUUGUAAAACGCUGUCGUAUGAGUAUAUUUGCCAGCAGAGGAACAUUAUGUGGUAACAAGGGAGAAAACCUCCUCUGUGGUGGCACCCUGAAUACCCUCCCCAUAGAUUACAACUGGUGCUUGACAAUAUAAUCCUUUCAGUACCAGGUGAAAACCUUUUUAUUAUUAUUUACUCAGACAUUUUAAGUGUUGUUAUGCUAUUAAUUAGCUCUAGCGUUUUUUUUAGCUGCUUCACAGACUAUUUUAUUGAUUGAUUUGUUAUUACUGUAUUUUAUCUAGGUAUGACGAGUUUAGUCAUGCAUUUUGCACAAUGCCCUGGUAUCUGUAAGGAUGAAAGUUUAAACCCUUUAGAAAUUAAAUUUGAUGGCCAGUGUUGGACACUCAGUGCUGGACGAGGUAGAUUUUCCUGAGCCAAUCCCAUUGAAAUUAAUGGGUGAUAUUCAGUGUUAGUCACUACUCAAAGUAUGUCUGUUAAACUAAAUGUACUUGCACAUCUUAAGCCCAUUGAUUUCAAACGGUCUUCUCUGAAUAUGACUUGGUUAUCACCCACUGAGAGUUGUGAUUGGGUACCUGGGAAGCUGGUGUGUUUGACUGUUUAAGUAUCACCAGUGGAGAUUGUCUAAAUCACAACUCAGGCUCUCAAGAUCUUGCAUGGCGAAUCUUAAGAGACAAGUGAUGCGGAGUAUGCAUGUUGGGCAUCCUUGCUCUGCAGCAGUGACUGUAUAUAUUACAUGUAAAACUUUAGUAUAGUAAUACUGAGGGAACAGAACCUUCAUUGUUUGAAUAUGGUUUCAGCCAUGUGUGUUUCAAGUGGAACAUAUUAAAUAUGAAUGUUGAUAUUGUAUCUCCACUUUGCAUUAGCUAAAUGACUUGAUGCUACUGAUCGUAGAUCUUCUUAGUACCACAGAAAGUUCUUUAUGAAACCCUCAGAUUGAUUUCACUAUUAACCACAUGAAACAUUAUAUUAAUUUCUUUACUUCCAGAACCUGUCAUUUGAAGUCAAUAUAGGUUUUUGAUAUGCAUGCAGUCCCUUAGGUCCCAUGACACACUUAGAUUUCUUAGGCUAGUUGGACAAUUCUGCUUUUGUGUGCUUAUGUGAAACUAACAUCUUGUCAAGUUAUGAAGAAAGUCUAAGCAGCUGGCUUUUCAGGAGAAAAGAACAUCUUUCUUCCUGGAGGACCUUGGUAUGUCGAGACUUCUGUGUAAUAUGCAAAAUGGGACUUGCCAGUUUUGAGUGUUUAGUUUAGAAGUAAUUUUCUGCCUUUCUUUCUGAUAUAGAACUUCGCUAAGAAGAACAAACUGUUCUUGCCAAAAUCUUAAAAGCAUUGUUAUUUUUCUAAUAAUUCUUGACAAUUGGGUAGUUUUGCAAAGGCAGUUGUUGGACUCAGUCUCAUCAGCUCCAGUCAGUAUGCCCAAUCAUUAGGGCCAUGUUGUAGUCCCCAGUGUGCUACACCGAUGACUUCAAAAUCGGCACACAGAGUAAAAUGCUAAAAGGUGUGGCUCUAAGCGUGGCAAAUAAAACACCAAGUGUGCACAAUUUCCAACACAGAAAUUACUAUUGCAUAGGAAACUUGUUUUCUGUGUGAGAAACUACUGUGGAAAUGUUGCAGCAUGUUUUCCAAUGCAAAAUGGCAGUGGUGCCUUCAUCUGAGCAGUAUGAAUUUACCCACGUACCUCUUGGCUACUCAUAAACAGAGUAUGGAGUGUGGUGGGGAGAAUUUGUCUGAAAUUGUCCAUUAUUUGUCAGGCUGCUGAGGCACCUAUCUGUAUAUUUCCCGCUGGCAGAGUGAGAUUAUUUUUGGACAAGUUUGCUAUAAGAUCUGGUUCUGCUUGGUCUUGUGGCAGGAAAUGCUAAUGGGUAGUUAGAUGUCCCUUUUCACCACAUUUGUGGCUCUGUUUAGUGCCUGUCAGCUUUGCCAGUUGAAUUUUCUGCCUCGGGCAUCAAAGUGUUUUAGCUGGCACUGGGUGGCAAUGUGGGGUGUGUGCAAGUUACAUACGAAACGCGGUAUCAGAAUUUGCUUGAGUGGCAUUUGCAGUUUGAGAUUUUCCUGGGAUUUUUCUUUGUACUGCUAUGGAGUGAAAUGGAUCUGGGCCAUUUGGAGUAGGAAUUUGAGCAUUUGUUGUGAAGAGUAUGUGUUCUUUUUAAUCUUUCCUUGGUGUGAGUGUGACUUUAGUGCUAGAUUGUUAUUUCUAUGGCUUGUAUCCUAAGUAGUGCUAAGUGUCUCAUUAAGUUAGUGUGCUGAUUUACACUUUUGCAGUGAACUCCCCCCCCCCCCAAUCCUUUGGAGUAGAUUUGGGGAGUCGGGGUGUGUGGGGAGUUCCAUUGCACAAGCCUAAAAUCCUUGGAUUCACCCAUGUCCUCUCCAUUAUAAGCCUUUGAGAACUCCACUGAUUUCCACAGGAACUGUGUGACUAGUUUGUGGUCCCUCUACAUUUGCACAUUUGGAGUUACCUGCUCAGGUAUACUUUGUGAUGAUCAAAUCAGAGUGAAACAGUUUAAUUUUAUGGGGUGUGGGAACAAAUAUUAUUUACUAUUAUAACAUGUCAUCUGUGGAGAAUUCUCUUAAGAUUUGCUAUGGCAAUAUCAAUGUUGUUGGUUGGCUUCCCACACUUGUCUUUUAAAAGGUCUAGAAGAUUAGGAGCAGAGUAAGCCCAGUAUUGCAAGGACUUUACUGAAUGAAAUUCAGCAGCUAUGCAAGUGAGUAAAAUUGGGCCUGAUGCAAAGUCUGUUUUGAAAACCGAUCGGGUAUUUCACUACUAUAAUGUGAAAACAAUACAUCUGUAAGCCAAGCAAAUGUUAGUCUGGCUCUGAAGUAAUUUUUCCAUACAGAUUGAAGCCAGGCGCAUUUGCUUAACGUUUUCACUGCUCUGCUAGCUUUUGAUUGUUUUGAGAUUGGAAGCUAUGAGUAUUCCCUUAUGAUCCCUUUAUGGUUUUAAUGCCAAGUUUGCGGAAUACUUUGUGUAAAAAGUUCUGUCAUGCUUGCUUACAUUCUCAUUUCAUGUUGAAGAGGGGGUGGGGGAAGUCAGGCUAGGUUCAUAGAACUGAAAAACACUCAAAAGGUAAUCCCACCAGAACCCCUGCAGUGGUAGUACUGUGUUGAUUGAAAUAAUCUUGGAUAGAUGUUCAUACAGUCAUCUCAAGCGCUGAUAUUUAUGUGCCGAAAGCUGUUCAUUUUGCUCUCCAAAUUAUGUGGUAUUUCUUGCUGUACAUGGUUAGCAUUCAUAUCUGCUGCUUUAAAUUAACAAUGCUUCCUUGUGUAACACGUGCUUUAGAAUACACACUCUAUUUGCUUGAUUAAGGAUCAUUCUUUGUAAUGUCACUGCUAAGGGAUACUACUUCAAGCCAAAUUACAUUACAUACCCAAGUUCCCUUCAUAAACAAAGGAGUGCUGAGAGUAGUUGACAGGAUUUGGAUGGUGCUCUAAUGUGGGGGGAAGAGAGUAACAGGGCAAACAGCAGUUUGGGUUGUGUGUGAUUUUUAAGUUGGGAAAUUGAACUGACUUGGGGCUUAUAGUUAACCCAUGCUCCCUGCACCAUAACUGCUAUCCAAAUCUCUCACAUAAAUGUCUGUGCCCACCCAUACACGGGAAGCUGCAUUUUGAAGGAAAGAAACCUUGUAGUUUGGCCCUAAGGGUCCACAGAUCCUAAAGCGGCUUUUUAAAAAAAGCUAACAAUUUUUUUUCUCCCACCUUAUGCACAAGUAAAAAACAAAAGAUACCUUGUUCAGUUGGAAAACUGAAUAUUUCCUCAUUGUGUGCUUUGACACUUCAUUGCAGUUAAUCAUGGGUUCUGAAGUGCACAUUGCAUUCUCCUUGCUGAAAAGGGAUUCAAAUAUUUCCAUUUAAUAUUUGGUUAUAGAGAGGCAUGUGUUCAUAUUUUAAAAAUACAGCUGUAGUCCAACCUGAAAAGUGGCUGUGUUACAUAAGAGCCACCUUGGAUGUCAAAAACAUAAUUACAUAUAAAUCCCUCACGUGUGUGUGUGUGUGUCUGAUUUAAAGUGCAAAAGGGGCAUGUAGACAUGGGGUAUGGAAUUCCUCCCCUCAGGCACAACUUGUCUCUCUGCAUUUUGUCCCCGGAUGCCAUUUUUCUCUCACUCUGUCUCCAGUGUGGGAAGUGGGUCUGGCUGGGAGAAAAAUGGCUAAGGGGGAGAGGCUGUGUGAAAGCAAGUGGCAGUCAUAUGGAGAGUUCUGUUACUCUCACCCUUGGGCACAUAAAAUCAGGGAGCCCCCUCCCCAUCUUCUACGUAACUCUGGCAGACCCAUGCUGGCACGUAUAGACUGGUCUGCGAUACGCUAGACAGUGAAGCAUUUUCUGUGUGUGUCUGGUAAUCUUUCUGUCAGCUUUUCUAGUACUGUAUACUGAACACAAGCUGAAUGACCCUGUUGUUCCCUCUAAGUGAAUUACUCCUUGAUACUGAAGGGCCAGUGAAGGUAUUGGGCAGUGAUUCCAUUUUGCUUCAUGCUUAAUGACAAAAGCGUGAGUCAGUUACUACACUUAAUAUUUGAGGUGAAUAUUGACGGUUCUUGUUCAUGUGCAAAAAAUUGAGCCAGGGGAGGGAGAGAAUGAGGUAAUACUUAUAGCAGCAGUGACCAAGCAGUGCCCACCAGAAAUUGCUGUAUUUCAACUCCCAUCAUCCCUUGCUAUUAGCCAUGAUGGUUGGGAGUUGAAGUCUAAGAACAUCUUGACCGUGUUAGUUGAUGUAUUGAAACUUCCUUUGCCAUUGUAAAUAGGAAAGGCAUCCAAUGUACUGCAAUCACACUUCAUGCAUUCCCAUUUUGAAUACUCUUUUCUUGUUAAUUAGAUCAGUCUUUUCCUUCUAAAGUGCAAGGUUAUGCACACAUAAGAAAUCCUGGCUUUGGUUUGAACUAGGUUGUCCCUUCUACUGCUCUGUUUACAUGCUUUUUGGAUGUUUGUGGUACCUGUCCUAUGAAGGAUAGCAUACCAUCAAUGUGCAUGAUGUACAAGAAGACCAGUUCCUGAAUACCUUAUAAACCUAUUUGACACUGAGUUGAACAUUGUAUCAGAGCCCUCCAAGAGGCAGAAGCAAAUCUUGCUCUUGCAUUUGAGAGUUGUACUCCUGUUACCUUUUAUGAGGGGCGCAGAAGGGGCAUACCCAGUGGGGUGGAGCCACAACACAGCUGUAUUGCUGUGCUUACCAGGAAUGAGAAGGGGGAGGGAGGUCAGUGCAUUGUGGGUGCUUUUGGGCAGGGGUUCCAUGGUACUUGAUGACAUGGGAAUACUUGGAACUGCUUGUGGUAGAUUCACCUUUUGCUUCAUGGUUUCUGUUGGGGGACAUAAUCCUUGAAUAUUGAAAUUCUGAUCAGAUUCUGAUUCUCAUUUGUAAAUCUAUGUGUUGUUACACGCUUUCACUGGAUGUUUUUGAGGGUUUGCUGUUCUAUGCAGCUCAUGUAAAAGUCUUAGAGAACAUCAGUUACUGUUUAUCUCUGGGUGGGGAGGUAGCAUAAGAAGGCCCAUUGGCGGUCAUGGGUUUAGUAAGCAAGGAAUUGAAGCUUCUGAUGCCAUGGUAACUUCAAUGUAAAAUAUAAUCCCAUGCUUCUUCGUGAUUAGCUCAGUGAAAAGUUUUCAGGGUCUCUUUAGAGCUGUCAUGCUCAUUCUUGUAAUUCAGUCAGAAAACUAAUGUAGAACCUUUGGAUGCAUGCAUGUGAGAAAUUGGGAGAGGGAUGGGGAAAGGUAUCUUUUGGGAAUUUUUAAAAGUAUUUGUUUUUAUGUUGCUUUGAUCCAGCUUAUAGGUGGCAGUCACGGUCAAUCCCUGAAGAUAUACGGCCAGAAAUAUGGAUUGCACGGGAAUUACAGCGCAUUGGAGAUGAAUUUAAUGCUUCCUACAGUCCGAGAAGGGUAACUUAAUUUUUUAAUCUCUUUGCUGCAGCCCUGUAUGCCCAAACAGGGGUAUUCUUAGUUUUGGCAGGAGAAAGCACACACAACAAAGGUGUUGGUUCCUUAUUCAUAAAGGUGUCAAACUGCACCAAAUAUGCCGAAUUUGCAGAAAGCUGCAGCCUGCUUCACCCACUCAUCUACUUAUAAACUGCUUGCUUUUUCUCUUCCUGUAGCAUAUCAACUUUAUUUGUAUUAAUUCAAGUCAAAUAUAUCCCACAUUCAAGGAGCUUGAGGUGAGUUCAUGGGCCCCCUUGUGUGUGUUUGCAGCAGAGUGUUGAUAGUGGCAAAGUCCCUGGUUGGUGGGUGGUGGCAGUGUUUCUGGGGACACUGGGGGUGCGUCAUUCUCCUGCAGCCUUUGUAUUUUCUGCUUAUGGUUUUUCCUGCACUGAGCUGAGCAUUCACUGCGUUGUGCAGUCAUUCUGCUGGGGUAUCAGCACCAUUUCCUCUUCUCUCCCCAGUCCCCAGUGUAACAUACGUAUAAGAUUGCCCUGCCCAGGCCCUAUUACUCAACUUGAUAUACUUGCAUGUUUACGUAUUGUGACUAGGAGUAAAAAAAUUGCACCAUAAUGUAGAAAUUCCUUAUCAGUGGUAUUCAGAGGGAUGUUUACUGAAAGCCAGAACUGUGUGUGUACAUACUGGUGUUCUUUCCAGUUUUCAUUCAGUACCAAUUGAAAGAAUCUCAUAAAGCUACCUUUUAAGAAGACCCCUAACUUUAAAAAAAGCAAACUAUGGUUAGUUUUACUGAAAAGCAGUUGCGGGAGCUUGCAAAUUUUAUCAGAGCAACUGGGAUGGGGUACGGUGAAGAGACUUCUUUGUGGGGCUUUAUGUCAGUCAAAAUUGUCCUUUGCUGCUUUUCUCCCCUAUUAAAGUAUGGCAACUGUUUCUGUGUUUCGCAUAGAUACUUUAGUUUGACCUGGAGAGCUUUGUCAGGAGUGUGGCUCACAGCAAAACAUAACAAGGGCGGGGAAUGUAUUGCCAUUUUCCUCUGUUGUAAAGUUUGGGAUAUUCUGGUGUACCUUAUAAGUAUCUGUGCAGCGAGGAGGGAAUGAAACUAUUCAGUCAGCUCAGUGACAGGUUAACUUCGAAUCAAUAGCUUUGAUAUCAGAAACUCUGUAAGUUCAGUGGUAAAGGCUGUGUCUCUUAGUAUAACAGCCUUCCCCUAAACUUGUGCCCUCUACUUCUAUUAUAGGCAAAGGCAAACUUGGCCCUCCAGAUGACCCCUAGCUAACAGGACCAAUGGUCAGGGAUGGUGGGAAUUGUAGCCCCAAAACAUCUGGAGGGCAGAGCUUGCCAGUGCCUGUUCUAUUAACUCCAGCCAAAAUGGCUGAUGGGAGUUGUAGUUCAAAACAUCUGGAGGGCACCAGGUGGAAGAAGGCUACAGUAGAAAAACAAAACAGUCAAAAUGUUUGCAGUAGCGCUGUAUUGAAUACAACUCUACACUUUAAAAUCACAAAGGAAUUCAAAGUUGGGGACGGGUAUAUAUUUACUGUCUGAAGGAAUAGUAGGUAGAGCUUAAGAACUGAUUUAUUUCUUUUCUUCCCAAUACUUUUGUCCAUAUGGUGGUUGAACUUUUGUGGUCUACGGUGCACUUUUAUAAUUUUGUGAGCAGUGUGCCAGAGGGAGUCUUCACUGAUGCAUAUCUGUUGCUAGCCCUGCUCCAGCAGCUUAUUACUGGAAAAUUAAGCAGGUAAAGUGUUUUCCUGGUAUGGAGAGGAGAUGGUGGGAAAAGCUUGAACUGCCAAGUCUCAAUGCGCUUGGCAAGGCCAAGUGGAAAAGUUGGCAACCCUUUGGUAGUUUUUGGUAAAGGUAUGCUUGGUUUUUAGUCAAAACUUGGAGGAGACACCACAUGAGUUUGAUCCACGUGCACCAAUGUCUUGCAUCUGCCUACCUGUUGGCUGCUAGUGCUUUUGGUGAGUGGUAGGGUCUCCAAAUGUGUAGAUUCCCUGCUACUGUAAUGCAGCUGCCUAAUUAUCACAAUUCUGUGGGAUUUAUUUUAUUUAAUACUUCAUAACUGUCCUCUGUGCUUUGUUACUGGAAGCAGAAGGAUGACACUGUAGCUUUGCAGACAGGGAAGGACUUAACACAGUGCUUCUCUUCUGGGCAUGUACAGACAUGUCUAUCCCUGCAGUAGUCUUACUUUAUCAGUAGUGAAGAGAUUGCAAUUAGUUUUAUUUCAGCAAAAGGAACCAGUUGUUCAAUAACAUAUAAAACUUAGGGAUCUAUUUUUCCUCUUCUUUUUCUGUAUGUAAUGAACUGCUAAUUCCCCAGUGUGCAGUGCAGUGACCUCCUUUCCAUUACCAUUGCACUUCUUGUGUCUUGUUCUGCCUGUCUCAUGAAUGGUGCAGUUCUUUUGCCUUUAGGCAGUGUUGGCAGACCUAAUAACCUGACUUGGAAGUUCACAUGUUAUUACCACAAACUGAUCUGUGGCAUCAAUAGUGACACAUCUCUCUCUUUCUUACUCUCCCUCAGGGGACAUGGAAGAUUCACAGUCUAGCAUUCAGUUAAAGAUUCCUGUGCUUGCCAACUGAAGUGACUGCAUGGGGUGGGUGGCGGGGGGGGCGGGCAUGUUCCGGAUCAAUAACUGGUUAAAGAUCAGGAAACAGAAUAGGAAAUAAAUGGACAGUUGUCACAGAGGAGGGCUGUAAGAAAAGGGUUCCUCCAGGGAUCUUUGUUGGAGCCUGUGCUUUUUGACUAGUUGAUUUAUUAUUUGGAGUUAGGAGUGGGAAGUCAGGGUGCCUUUAUGACACCGCAUUAUUCAGGAUUUUGACCAAACUGCGGGAGGCAGUGGAAGACAGGAGUGCCUGGCGUGCUCUGGUCCAUGCGGUCACAAAGAGUCGGACACGACUAAACAACAACAACAAGGAGCUCUAUAAGGAACUUGCAAAACUAGAAGAAUGGGCAUAAAAAUGGCAAAUGCUGUUCAGUAUAAGCAAGUGAUGUACAAUGGAGCAAAAAAUAAGAAUUCCUAAAGUCACAAAUAUGCUCAGGGAAUCUGAAUUGGCAGUGACUGAUGGGGAACCUUGUGGUCGUGGCAAAGAUUUUGAUUCAGCAUGCAGCAGCUGUGAAAAUGUGAAUUUCAUGUUAAAGACCGUUAGGAAACGGGUUGAAAGUAAAACUACCAAUAUCAUGUCAUUAUGCAAAUCUAUGGUACAACCACAAUUUGAAAUGCUGUGAACAAUUCUGAUGGCCACACCUCAAAAAUGAUAAUGCAGAACUGGAAAAAGGUUCAGGAAUGGCAACCAAAAUGAUCAGGGUGUGAAGCUAUGAGGAAGAUAAAAAUGUCUGCAGCUUUUUAGUAUUAAAAAAAGGCGAGUGCAGUUCUCAUAAUAGUCAAACCUGGAGUCAUCCAGUGAAACCGAAUGUUAGGAGAAUGAGGGCAGACACAAAAGGAUGUUAUUCUUCACACAGCGCAUGAUUAAACUAUGGAAUUCAGUACCACAAUAUUAUAUAGCCACCAGUAUGGAUGGUUUUGGGGACGCGGGUGGCGCUGUGGGUUAAACCACAGACAGCUUAGGACUUGCCGAUCAGAAGGUCGGCAGUUCGAAUCGCUGCGAUGGGGUGAGCUCCUGUUGUUCGGUCCCUGCUCCUGCCAACCUAGCAAUUCGAAAGCACCUCAAAGUGCAAGUAGAUAAAUAGGUACCGCUCCGGCAGGAAGGUAAAUGCCGUUUCCAUGUGCUGCUCUGGUUCGCCAGAAGCGGCUUAGUCAUGCUGGCCAUAUGACCCGGAAGCUGUAUGCCGGCUCCCUUGGCCAAUAAAGCGAGAUGAGCGCUGCAACCCCAGAGUCGGCCACGCCUGGACCUAAUGGUCAGGGGUCCCUUUACCUUUAGCUUUAUGGAUGGUUUUUAAAUGGGCUUGGACAAAUUCAUGGAGGGACACGGCUAUCAAUGGUUACUAGCCAUUAUGACUAGUUCCAGUGUCUGAGGCAGUAUUCCUCUGAAAUCCCGGUUGCUGGGGAACAUCUGCAUCUGGGCUUCUCAUGGGCAUCUGGUUGGCUAGUGUGAAAAAGAUGCUGGACAAGAAUGGGCCUUUGGUUUGAUUCAGCAAGGCUCUUUCUUGCAAGGAAAUAUGGGUGAGAUGAGAUACCUAAUCCUCCACCCCAAAAAACUAUUGGGGCUUGGUUGUGGGAUGGGGAAGCUGCCAGGGGACAAGGAAAGAAGGGUUAACCUUCCAGCUGCCACUUUCCCCCUCCAGAUGCCCCUGUGUUAUUUGCAUCACUGGUUAAACCAAUUUGAGUGAUUUUCCAGGCUGCAAUUUUCAGCUUAAGAAAUAUUUCCUCAAUAGUGUUUUGCUUCCCGUUAGCUAUUUGUUUUGGCUAAACUUCUCCGGCUGUUUAGUAUGUUUUAUAUUUAGCUCCUUCCCGUUUUUCACGCCUUUAUUUUGGACUAUGUAGCUUUUCUGUUCAGCUGGCAAAGCUUCACACACCUGAUUUGUCACACAUCAAAAUAACGUGCAGAAGGGGUGUUCCGUAAUGAACUGUUGUGAUGAGUCAUUUGGUUUACAUAUGAAUUGGGUUUUAGACAGCUUUUUGGUUUCCUCAUUCAUAUCUGGAAACUUGAGUAGAAUGUGCUGCUAAAUGUUACUACUGAUAACAAUAGUAAACUCACAGGAGACUUCAGAAAGAACGAGUGGCUGUCAAGGUCUGUUUUUGUUUCCUAUGCACCUGCUUCCCUGGAUUGAACUUGCAGAUUGUUUUGAUUUGGGUAUUUCUUCAUUCCACUGUUGUGCCAGUCCAGACACUUGUAUGCAGAGGUGAUUAAGGCCCAGAAGUUAACUCAUGGGAGGCUGCUUACUUGAGAGAAUUGCAGCUAAUCCGGUAGGGUUCUAAGUGCAUGCUUCGGCUCUCUGAGAACAUCUUUAAAGUUCCUCAGUGACCAUGGCAAAUUCAGCAUAGUCUGUAGGAGCUGAGACUAGCAGCACAUGGGGAAAUGGCAGGAGUUAGCCUAAUUGUAAAGUCUGAAAACAUAUAGUCUUGCAGUAACCUUGCACCAGCGUUUUGGAAAAGUACAAAUGAUUGGGGUUUAUUGGAGACUACUUUGUUGCUUAGCAGUUCUUUUGAUUUUUUUUUUGUAGUAGCCAUCUUACUCGACUCUCUUAUUCCUUUCCUUGCUGCCUAUGUAUGCUCAUUGCUACUUGUUGGCUCUUCUUUCUUGACACUUGCUGCUAUUUCAGUCUAUUGCACUAUUAAUUUAAAGCAAAUUAAAUAUAUUGAAAGACUGAAGCCUUCCUUGAAUCUGGACCCAGGACUUGGGACAUGCCUUGACCUGAAUUUUCUUAUGCAGGUAAGACUUGAAGGGAGUAAAAUUCUGUUCCCAGGCCAUGAUUUGUUUGACCGAGGUCAUCUGUAGGCCUAAAAUUGCACGUGCUUUCGCCUCUACCUCACAGUGUUCUAGAGGGCCUCUGAUCAGCCACCUCCUGGGUCACACAAGCAUGCCCAUGUACAGGGAAGAUCUGAGGUUAGAUUUUAUUGAUGCAGUUUCUCUUCUGAUUUGAUCUGCCUGCAUGGCUACAGACUUCUUGCUUGAGCAAGGCAAAUUCCUCUUUUCUGUAGGGCCAUCACAAGGCCUGAGGGAUCCAUUCUAAGAGAGAAAGUAACUCUGUGGCCUUAUUUUCAGAACUGCUUUCUUACCCAUCAGCGACUAUUUUUGUUUCAUUUUACUUUUGUAUACAACUGUGUGGAACCUCUUCCUAAUACUGAGCUAGAAUUGGAUCAGCAAAAACCAUCUUGGGAUGGUUAAGCAACUUCCAAGGUUUCCUUAAGUUCAGGUUUGUGAUGGUUUCCCCUCCCUCCCUCUUUUACCUGCCUGGAACCUGAAGGAUAGUUUCACUCUUCUCUCCCUCCCAGAGCCCCAGCUUUUCUGCUUAGUUCACUUCAUUAAUAAUACUAUUCUCAAAUUUAAAUGGCGGCUUCAUUUUCUACUGCCAAAGUGAAGCUCAAUUUUCUAGCAUUCUCUAUAGCAGAAUGUAUAACUGCUGCUGACCCUGCAGUUGUAUGCAUUUUUACUUGGAAAUAAAGUGUACUAUCUUCAAUGGGACUUAUUCCAUCAGCCAGAAUUGCAAACAUCCACUGAUUUUGACUUUACACAGAUGUGGUGUUGUUGUUUUGUUGGUUUUUUGCACUUGAGUGGCUGUAUUUCUGCUGUCAAGCACAAGACAGACUGGAAAUAUGGUCCAUCUGUGUCCUUCUGCCUGCUUCCCCUUAGACUUCCGGCUUCUAGGGUUGGUCUCUGAGAUAGUGUUGGAAUCAUUGGGGCUGGCUUCUCGGUUCUUUCAGGAAGCUAUGGGUCUUUUAUUUAUGCCAUUUCUAUCCCUCCUGUGUUUUAUGGAAUUCAAGAAGACACACUUGGAGUUCUCAGGCAGGAUUUGACCAGUUCUAGCCAGUCCUGCUGAGCUUUUUCAGGGUUGCUGAAUUACAUGCUUCAACCCAUUCGAAAUCUCUUGUGAGCUGAAGGAAAGAAGACUAAAGGAGUGCAGAAAAUGUAUUAAUGCAAAAUAAUUCAGGAUCUCUUGUGCCAGUCUUCUGAAUCUUUGACCUUUGUGAAUCUAUUAGUUGUCUGUCUUCCCAGCCAUUCCCCUAAAGAAGCAGCGAGUUGGGAUUUUGAUCUGGUUCUGACGCUUAUACAGGUGGUGACAGUAUUCACAUGGUGGAGAAGCUAGAGUGUCCUCCAUUCUUUGCCAUGCAUAUACAGUAAACGUAUGCCAUAGGCACUCCAUAUGAAUGUCAUGAAUGUCUGAUUUGCAUGAAUCUUGCCUGUUGUUUUUGGGAGGGGGCAGAGAUCUCAUGUAUUAGAUGUCUCUGCAGAGCAUUAUGUCAUGAUAUAUGCCAUCAGGCACAGGAGGGCAUACUCACUCUUGCAUCUUGUAGGGACUUUUGGCACCCCUGUAUCAGAAAAGAUGUUGGGGUAUUAUUUUGCUUUUUUAUUAACAGGUUUUCUGUGUACCUUUUAAAAUAGUAUUUGUAUCAGCUUUUGGUGGCAUCACUGUCUUGUGGCUUCCCACAUGCUGAACGGGUAAUCAUAUCCUUUUCAAUCUUUCUGCUGCCUUGGAUUACUCCACUUAGGGUUGCCUGGAAAGGGUUGCCAUCUCUGUCCCACAAGCACACACACAGAAACUUAAAAUAAUGCCUUUAUGGUUUUGAAAAUAAACUUAUGAAAGGCUAAUUAUGGAACAAUCCCAUACAUUUGAGAUAAAAAUCACAGGCUGUUGUUAGAGUGCCUCUACAGGAAUUGCAGACACGAAACUGAUUUCCUCCCAUCUUGUUAUGCAGAAGUGGAGGGGAAGUGCCUUGGUCUUAUCGCAGUCCCAUUAUGUCAGGUGAAUCGGGACAAGGGCUUGGUCAGGCAAACUCGGCAGCAGCUGCCGCUGUCUUGUUCAGCCUUUGGAAAUGUUAGCAGCAUUCUUUAUGCAGCUAAACUUUUGCCUAGCUUGAAAACCCAAAGAAUUGUCUUGUGGCAUAACAGUUGGCCUUAGGUGAGUCGUAGCUCCUUCUGAACUGGUCUUCUAAGGGUCCCUUCUACACAUGUCUGUAUGGUUUCAACCAUGUGCACCAUACAUUUGCCACAUGUGCCUCUGGCAUUAUUUUAUUGUAUAUGUAAAACUUUGGGCCACCUUGCACAUUACACUUCUAUCUUGAAACAAUGUUUUUUAAAAAAAGGAAUAGAAAGUAAAAUUACUAGCAUGAUACACCAUCUGGUUAGCUUCCUUGUUUCCUUCAGGCUGUGGCGCUUACCUAAAGUUGAGUGCAGUCAACAUGUUAAUAUGUGACCCGCCAUACUUUGCAUUACGUGGCUGCAUCUUUUCUAAUAUAUCUGCUUGCAUAUUUUUAUACCCCAAACUGAACCAACUAGUGUUUACACAGGUGGAGUCACUUGAGAAUAAUUUAGAGGUUCACUAGUUCAUUAGCUCUGGCACAUAUUGCCUAUAGCUUUAUUUAGGCUCUUGGCACAAACGACGCCAAAUCACUGGUUUCUCAGAUAAAUUAUAGCUACCAGAUUUCAUCCUUUGGGAAUCUCUUAACAUUUUCGAGAGUCAACAAUUUGGACAAUGACACAAUUAUACUCUGAGAAUACCAUCCUGUUUUUGGCUUCCCCUUUUCUCCUUCUGUGUGUGCUACCAGAUCUCAUAAAUUAUAUACCAUUUUGUUUCUUGUAACAAACCUCACAUAAAACUUAGUGACAGUGAAUUAAGCAGUGUAGAACAAGAUUAAAUAUAGCGACAGUUGCUUUAGUCCCAGCGCUGAGGGUGCUUAAGCAUUCCACAAACAGAUUUCUUUACUUCUAGUUACAAGCAUGUAGAAAACUGACAGCCAGGUGGGCAAGCGUGGCUAGUUGCUGGGGUGGGAGUGGGGAUUUGUGUGACAGGGUAGGUGUGAGCUUCUCGUGAGUGUUCCUCUCAGCAGGGCAGGGGCUGCACUGGGACAGAGGGUGGAAUGGCAAAAUAGUCACGGUAAAAAGGAAUAAACAUGGGUCUGUACUAGUGUUUUUCUUUGCUAGGUGCUAUCUCCUUGAAAGCUGGGGUGAGGAGCCUAUGGCCCUCCAAAUGUUGAAGGGUGUUGGGAGUCCUAACAAGAACUGGAGGACCACAGGUUUCCCGUUCCUGCUUUAAGGCAUGUUGUGUGGCGCUGUCUUUGUAAGUGUAUACUCAACUCAGGAUACAUGGACAGCAGCUAUCAGUGCCUGUAUAUGGUGGUGGAAAAUCUAAACUGCAAGGACAGGAGGCAAACCCCAGACACCCUGCUAUCUAAUGAUGAUUUUUUUCAUGCUUUGCAGAGUGUCCCCCAAGUAGAUCCAUUUCUCAUUAACAGGAUGCAUUUCUCUUACACCCUACAUAAUUACGAAAGUCAUAUGAUCUCAAAUGCAUUUACAUGGAAGGAUGUUCUACUGGAAUCAGUGGGAUGCAAAAACCAAGCAGAGGCAUUUUGAUGCUGUUGUUUACACUUCUAUCUUUUGUUGCAGCCAGAGGUGCUACUAUCAGAUGUUCAUAAGUGGACACAGUGUUGCUCCGUUAUGUAUGUGGCAUAGAUACUGUUUUGGUUAGAGAUGGACAGCACCCUCCAAUUUCUGCUUUGUAGCAUGAGCAGACUUCGGGGUGUUGCCCCUAAGGCAGAGGGAGGAGAGGGAGGUACAGCCCUUCAACUUUGUUCCCUCCAGUCAGCUGCAGCUCAGUGCCAAUUCCUAUUUAGAUAAUGUGUACAUGUGAAAUUCACACUUUUUAAUGUUGAAACAAGCAGUGUUUUAUUAUUAAGACUCCUAUUAGUAUCAGUAUUUAUAGAAUACUUCCCCCCAAGUGGUCAGAACACUUUGCAUAUGUUGUCCUGGUAAUCCUUGUGACAACUCUGUGUGAGAGGCCAGUGUAAUAUUGAGUGUGUGUGUGUGUGGCACGGGUCGUCUGAGGCCACCUGCUUCCACUGUAUUCAUGGCUGGGCUGAAAUGUGAUCUUGGGGUUUAUAGCUCAGGCUGUUCAAGAGCUUACGUACUGUAGUGACUGGUUCACACAAUGUGUGUAUGUUGAACUAGGUGCUAACAUGGGGUGCUUAAAUUUAAAAAUGUAAGGACAGAACUGCUAAGGGGGAAAGGACACAGAGAAGGAGAGAGCAAGCUUGUUUCCAUGCUCACAGGUGAGAAAAAGCAGCAAGUUCUGCUCAUGUAUUUGCAUUUUCAUUUAAAGAAUUGCUUGUAUCCCACUUCAGAUAGUUUCUCAGAACAGCAAACAGUAAAAAAAUACCAAACCCCCCCACCCCAACUCAAUUAAGGCAGACUAUCAGAAUAAAAGUAAAUACAGCAAAACACAGUAUGUGUCAAAACAUAAAACAAGUAAAAGCCAAAUUCAUGUCAAGACACCAUAAAUCUUAAUAAAUCCAUAGCAAUUAAUACAAGAACACAAUUCCUCAUCUUGGCCUUAUUAUCCCCAUCUAAUCAGCAGAGGCUAAUUUUCACAUAAAUAACAUUGUUAGGUCAAUAAAUAUUAAACUUUUAUGUCAUGUAGGCUACUUGUGAUCACACGCACAUAUGCUGUUAUCUCCCUUUCAAACAACAUGAUAGUUCUUUUGAUUACAAUGCACAAGUUGAAGUGUGGCCAAGUAGGUGAUGCUAAACACCCAAAACUCAAAUAAAAGCUAACUGGUUGUUUUAUUAUCUCACUGUGUACAGAACAUCAAUCUUAGCCACUUGAGCACCUGUCAGAACGACUUGCAGUGCCAACAUAUAACAGUGCCAUCGUGUCAUGCUUGGCCCUGGCAUAGCUUUUGCAGUUUCCUAUCCUAACUGUGCUAGCAUAGCAAUUCCUGUGCUUGGCAUAUAAAUUCGGUAAUUAUUACUGCCAGACAGGAAAGCUUCGUGAAUUAAAAGAACUUCUCAUUUCCUCUUGCAGGGUUUCUUGGAUUACCAAGCAGUAAACCACCAGAUCAUAAUUUUGCGCCUGUUGCAUUACAUCGUCCGCCUCAUAUGGAGAAUGCAGUGA